AUUUUGCAUUAGAUUGAAUUUUUCUGACUAGUAUGAAGUCUGAAAUGCCAUCUUCUCCCAUUAUCGUCUGACUUCAUUUUUGGGUAAUUACCCCAUGAUUUUCCAGAAAACUGCAAUUUUACGAGAAAAAAGACCAAAACUAUGAGUCGAACAUCGGAAGCUUCAGCAAGUAAUGGGACAACUGAGAGCUACACGUCUAACGAUGAAUCAUUUUAUGGAUUUGCAUUCAGCGUGUUUCUGACACUCCCCCCAGGAGAUGAACUCUAUUUCCCAGUAUGCUACGCACAUCCAUGCGUUUAUCAUGUGUUCCUGCAGUUGUUGCAGGCUGUGGUACCGUUAACUAAAUCAGUAUUGCAGUUUGUUUUGGACAGUUGUUAUCGCUGUAAAUUUACGUCUGUGAUGUGAAGUGCAGUUUUGAAAGUUACUGAACACGAGAACAAUCGCAAUAAUGAUGCCAAUGCAUUUCUAUUUUUCUGACAAAGUGACGCUCUUAUUUGAGUUUUGGGAUGUCAGCAAUGUUUCUGGGAUGGCAUUGUCACUACUGGUUGUUCUUCUGAUGGCAGUGCUUUAUGAAGUCAUUAAAGUUGGGAAAGCUGUAUUCCAUCACGACAUGAGGUCUUUGAAGAUGAGUGCAAGUUGGGAAGCUGUGGGGGAAAGUGAGACUUCAUCCUUGGACUCUGAGACCAGCCAUCACGCACCAAUUAACUCAGCGCCUUCUUCCCAUCUGCCAGUCAUCCCAGAGUCCUCUUUACAGACACCAGCCAGAAAAAGGUAA